CGUCAAAACAGCUCAGAAGACGUCGGAGGGAGGGUUUCUGUCUCCCGCCAUGGACUCCUCGUAUUCCUCUCUGCUCGAGAGAACUCGGCAUCCUCAGCCAUCACUGCAAAGGUUCGCCGUAAUCUCAAUCUUCGAAAAGCUCCGAUCAGUCCCGCCGACCCUGGGCUGCGACUCCGGCCCCGAACGAGACGUUAUCUCCCAGUGCCUCCGCUCGACUUCACCAGCCGUCGUCGACCAGUCGGUUCGAGAGCUCUGCCGCCUCGUGAAGGACUCCAAAUUCGAUCUGUCCCGCGGCUUGUUGGAACUUCAGUCUGCACUCGAAGGUUGCGAUUCACGCUUCGUAGAUGUGUUCGUUAAAGGUAUAGGGUUUCUCGUCAGGCAUGGGUUUCAAAAAAAUAGCUCGUCGUUUCGGUUUUACUCGUCGGAGACUCAUCCUUUUGUUAAGGUUCUUUCUUGCCGAAGGGAGGUACAGCCUGAACUUGCGCAACAAGUGCUUCUGUUCAUGGCGCAGAACAAGCAAUUGGGAAUAGUGAAAGUCUGCAACUUCUUGAGACCAUUCCUGAACUUUUCAAUUAUUAGAUUACCCUUUUCGGGUUCGUUGUCCACAUUUAUGAAUGAUUUGAUAUCAUCAAUGGCAUCCAUGUGCUGUUCGUUUCCUCUGGAAGCAAUGCCAGUCCUUAAGUUUUUGGCAGGAUCCCUAAAAUAUUUUCCUGGAAAGAACUCGGAUGAGUUUUCAAAUAUUUCUUAUUCAGUGGAGUGCAUUUUAGGUGUCUAUGUUGUGGUUUUGACACACUUGGUUGGAAUGAGAUCGCAGCUGGUUCACGAGGCUCAACUUUGUGGUGUUGAACUGGUAGAGACUGUUGUUUCACUAUCUCCUGAUUGUCACAAAUGUUAUGGUGGAGUUCAGCCUAUUGUGGAAGUAAUAAAGCGCGUAGUGCAUGCCCAGAAAGAGCUUGGCCUGAGUUAUAUACCUGAACUGUCAACAGUAACGUUAUCCUUGUUUACAACUUUGUUACAGUCUGAGCUUGAACAUGAACAGCUAUCUAUCUUGAAGCUGCUUCACUUCCUUCUGAAAUGGAAAAAUGAAAAUGGUAUUGGACAUGUGGCCGCAAUUAAUUUGAGAGAAGAGCUCUUAUUCAUAUUUCCUGUCAUCAACCUUGUCUCAUCUCCUUCUAAGUCUAUUAAACAAGAAGCAUCUGAUAUCCUUUCCAUGUUGGAAUCGCCUUUAGUGAACUUGCUGGUUGCUUCCAAGAAGAAAAUGCACAUGCCAGGAAAAUUUCCAUCUAUUAGCAGACCUGAAACUAUUAUUUUUAGGCUUCUACAGUAUUUAUGGACUCAGGAUAAACCAUGGCUGCCCAGUUUUUAUUUUCUGAAUUUUGCCUUUAAUGAUGGAAGCAAUGCAAAAAAUAUGCUCAGUGUACCAAAAACCUGGAUGUCCGUGCUGAGGGAACACGCGCUGUCUAUUGUUGAGCGAAGGAAGUCCUCACUACCUAUAUCUCGGUCUCAAGAGACCUUUCUUGCUGAAAUGCCUGUGUUACUAAGUGCAAUUGCUAGCAUCUUGGUCAUGCAUGGUACAAUGGGAAGUUCAGCUGUAGAUUUCUUGGCGGUUGUUGGCAUUAUGGAUCCUAAGCUUGGUGUUCCAUUGUUGCUAGCCAUUUUAUUCUACAACAAUAUAUUUUCUGGUAAAUACAAAGACAUCAACUUUCAUAACAUGUUGAUAAAACUUAUGGGCAUUCUCCCAUCACUUGCUUCUCAUUCUGCGAUGAUACCGCUCAUUAUCCAGACUAUUUUGCCCAUGCUUCAAAAGGAUGCAAAACCAGUUUUAUAUGCUACUGCUACGCGCUUGCUUUGCAAGACCUGGGAUAUCAAUGAUCGUGUGUUUGGGACUUUGCAGGGAGUAUUGCACCCGCAAGGUUUCACUAAGUUCAUGUCUGAAAGAAGUAUCUGUGUAAGCAUGGCUGCUUCUGUGCGGGAUGUUUGCAGGAAAAAUCCUGAUAGGGGUGUGGAUCUUAUCCUUUCUGUUUCAGCUUGCAUUGAGAGCCAAGACCCUGUAGUUCAAGCUCUUGGUUUUCAAAGUCUUUCCCAUCUUUGUGAGGCUGAUGCAAUUGAUUUCUACACUGCUUGGGCUGUUAUCUGCCAGCAUGUGCUUAACUCCUCCAAAGACCCGCAUGUUGCUUACAGCACAUGUCUUCUUUUAAGAUGGGGUGCAAUGGAUGCCAAUGCAUAUCCUGAAGCUUCAAGAACUGUUCUGCAAAUAUUAUGGGGUGUUGGCACCUCUGGACACCAUGGUCAAGAAUCUGUAUGGGCAAAGGCCAGGGUCGCGGCUUUUGAUGCAUUAACUCAUUAUGAGGUGCUAGAAAUUCAGAAAAGCAUUCCAGAUUUUAAGAAAAAGAACAUGGAGCUGUUUACAUCCGAGACUGACCCUGAAGUACUAAGGGCUAUGGAAGCUUUUGAAGUCAAGAUUAUGACAUAUGAGCACACCACAAGGCGAAGAUUUGUGAAGGAGAAAAGAGUUGCUGGAAGCAAAAUUGAGAAGUUGUUGGAAGUUUUCCCCCGGGCUAUUUUUGCUUCAGGAAAUGUUGAUGGAGCUAGAAAGUUACCUGGUGCAGCUCUAUUUUGCCUUUCUUUGGCUCCUAAGGAAGUGAUAAAGGGAUAUCAAAAUGUUCAGGGAUUACAGGAAGUGCAUGCUAAAUAUGAGAAUGCACUUGUGGAGAUAUCCAUGUCUUUGCACCUCUCAAGAAAUAUUCUGAUUGCACUUCUUUCACUCCAAUCUUGGAAACCCUUCAUGCAACGUUGGUUAAGAGCUUGUGCCAUCUUCCUUGAUGGUAAAGCGCCGUCAACUGUGGCGGACAAAACUUCUAAAGCUGCUAAUGGUAUUCUAAAGAUUAUUAGAAGGCUAGCAGAGGAAUCAAUUCCUAGAUCUGCAGAAAACAUUGCAUUAGCCAUUGGUGCACUUUGUGAGGUCUUGCCUCCGUCUGCCCAUGCUGUUAAGUCAACUGCUUCAAAGUUCCUGCAUGAGUGGCUGUUCCAGUUUGAACAUGAACAUCGCCAGUGGUCAGCUGCUAUUUCCCUGGGAUUAGUCUCAAGUUGUCUGCAUGUGACUGAUCACAGGCAAAAAUUCCAUAACAUCAAAGCACUUAUUGAGGUUGCAUCUUGUAGCAAAAGCACCCUUGUAAAAGGAGCUUGUGGAGUUGGACUGGGGUUUUUUUGUCAAGAUCUUCUUAUGAAAGUAGAAGUUUCUGAUGACUCCGAGUUGGAAAAAGAAAGCUACAAGAUGCAGGAAGUAGAUUAUCUGGGAAAAAUUGUUAGGGCCUUAUGUCAGAUGAUAUGUCAAUUUAGUCCUUUAUCUGAUCUUCUAGAAAGUCUUUCUACAAAUUUCCCUCUGGCUUCAGAUGACACUGAUUCGUAUAUAGCUUAUGAGUCACUGGAUAAGAACUAUGAUGAUAUGGAGGAAGAUAUAUGGGGUGUUGCAGGACUUGUUCUGGGUCUGGUGAGUACUGUUGGCGCGUUAUACCGAGCUGGAGCUUAUGAAGUUGUGCGUAAGAUUAAAGCCUUUAUCAUAUCACAGAUUCCAUAUUCAAAUCCUUUACCUGAUAACUGUUUCAGCAGUGGAAGUUUGGAUGUAAUGCUGUCUGUGGGGUCUUGUCUUGCUCUUCCUUAUUUAGUUGCAUUCUGCCAGAGAGUAGAACUGAUGCAUGAUAAUGAACUAAACCAUCUGAUGAGUAUUUUCAGGGAGCUCAUUUCUGAACUAGUGUCAGUUAAGAAAUCAGGCAUUUUCCAUCAGAGCUUGUUGAUGGCAUCUAGUGUUGGAGCAGGAAACACACUUGCCUGCAUUCUGAAUGAAGGUGUGCAUCCUUUGGAAGCUGAACUAGUAAAAGAUUUGCUGGCCCUAUUUCAGAAAGCUUACACCAAUCCUCAUCCUCCUCUUAUCCAUUUUGGUGGGAUGCUUGGAGUUGUUAAUGCAUUGGGAGCAGGUGCUGGGACUUAUGUUCAUAAUUACCCUAAAACAACUUUGCACACCACAUACAACCAGAGGGAAUCUCUCUUAAUCAUUGGUCCUUUACUUUCAAGUCCUGUUUUGGAGCCUCAGUUGACAUCGUUGAUACAAGCGAUGUUUCUUGUUACUCAAAACACAGAUGAUCACCAACUCCAAGAAUAUGCAGCAUGGGCAUUUUCAUUUCUUCGAUAUAGUUUAUGGUCCAGAGAAUUUCAAAAUGUUGAGAGUCAUUCUACCAGUGAUGCUGCAGAUCAGAAACUGGCGGCUAAAAAAUAUCCGGAGGAUGGCGUAGUCAUGGAGCUCUCUUUGUGGCUAAUGCAUUUGAACUAUCCGGGGACAGGUACCUUUUCACUUAUCUAUACAGUUGCAGCUGUUUUGCGGAGCCUAUCACAAGCUCCAAGAUUACCAGCAUUGGAAUGGGGAGCAAUCAUUAGACGAUGCAUGAAAUAUGAGGGUCAGACUGCUGAGGGUGAAUUGACUCCUAAAAGAGGAAUUCUCAGGGAAGAGUGCCUGCAUUUUUCUUUAGCCCAUGCAAUCCAAUUUAAUCAACUCUUAAGCUUCCUUGAUGAACUAUCUGAUCUGUCCAGGUUCAGGACACUAGAGCUGAAUCUUCAAUCAUGGAUUUUCUCUCAUCUGGCAGACCUGAUAAAAAUAUUCUCUGGUUCAAGGCUUGAUAAACUUUUUGAUGAUGUGGCUAAGUUUUUAUCUUCUUUACUUUUGGAGAACAUUUGUCAUGUGGAGCAGAAAAGCUUAUUGCGGGUCUCAUGCUGGAAGGGCCUUUCUUUUUGUAUGGAUGAAACUUCUCCAGACACUCAAGAGUAUGUAUCAAAGAUGGAAAAUUGCCUAGAGGUCCUCUUUUCUUCCUUGCCUCUAUUGCAGUCAGCUGCUCUUCUAGGGAUGGAGCAGAUGCAUUCAGUGGAGUGGUGUGAGGCUAUUAGAUGCCUUGCAAAGGCUCGGCAGGGUUGGUUAUAUGAAUUUCUCCAGGUUUCAGAAGGAAAUUUACUGGAUGGAGAUGGUGACUUAUCUGAGAUAGUGAAAAAGAUUCAAGCAAGGGCCAGGCUAGUUCAGAUUGGUUCCUUCUCAUUGAGUGAGCUAGGAAAACUCAAAGCUUAUAUAUUGAACACCGGAACAGAUGUUGUUUGGAAUGUUUUGGUGGAAGUUGUAAAUGCUCUGCAGCAUGUUGAAGGAAGUAUCAAAAGGCAGUGGCUUGUGGAUGCGGUGGAGAUUAGCUGUGUAACAAAUUACCCUUCCACUGCUCUGCGGUUUCUAGGUCUGCUCUGUGGUAGCUGGUCAAAGUAUAUGCCUCUCCUGAUUGUGGACCAACACACAGUGCUGGGAGACCUACCGGUUACCCUUUCAUCUCUUCUAUCAGAUAGCAGCUGGGGAGGUGUUGCCGAAUCUGUGGCUUUGUCUUUGUGGGCGUCAACAGAAAGAAUUUAUGAUUGGGCUAUGCGCAUUAGACGAGGUGAUGAUUCGCCCGGCCCACAGCCGGUUGACAGCAGUGAGAAUCAUAUGGCUGAUUUCCUGCUGCUGGUGAUGCAUCAGGCUUGUGUUUCUUUGAAAGAUUAUUUGCCUCCUGAGAAGCAGCUCAGACUUGCCAAUUUGGUCCUCCCCUCAAUUCUAUAACAUUUCUGACAAUGCCUUGGACUUGCAAUGUCCUUGUCACAACCCUGGAUUUUUGUACUUAGAAUGUUACCUUUUCAUCUACUGUUGUUACUUUGUUCUCAGCUGAAAGUGAUUUUAGAUUGAGAAGUUUCCUAACAUGACCUUGCAGAUUUAUGGUUCUAACAGGACUUGAAAUUAUAGGACAAGAUUGCACUGUGUGAUGAUUAUAAUGAGAUUUCCAUGCUAUAUUGGGAUGUCAAGAAAUUAAGGCAGAAUAGGAAUCUCUUUUCCAGGCUA